AGGCUGCGAAGCGUUAGGGGGACGCCAUGCAGCUCUCAGCCUCCGUCCCGUGCAUGCUGACCGGCCUCAUCCUGUGCAGCCUGCGGGCUGCAGCCUUCCAGGACCUGCGGCAUCCACCCAACAGGAUAGCUGUGGUAGGAGCUGGCAUUGGAGGAACCUCAGCAGCUUACUUCCUGCGCCAGAAGUUUGGGAAGGAUGUCCAGAUUGACAUAUAUGAAAAGGGAGAUGUAGGAGGCCGUCUGUCAACUAUAGAGAUGGAAGGGAACCAUUAUGAAGCUGGGGGGUCAGUUAUACACCCUCUGAAUCUGCACAUGAAGACAUUUGUGAAGGAGCUGGGUCUCAAUGCUAUCUCACUGAGGGGAAAUCUGGUUGGAAUUUAUAAUGGAGAUGAGUUUGUUUUUCAAGAAAGUGAAUGGUUUUUGAUAAAUGUGAUCAAAAUGAUCUGGAACUAUGGUCUCAAUUUCCUGCGGCUGUACAUGUGGGUGGAAGACGUUUUGGACAGGUUCAUGAGGAUUUACCGGUUCCAGACUUUUGACUAUUCGUUCUCCAGCACAGAGUCUUUGCUUCAUGCUAUGGGUGGAGAUGAUUUCCUCACAAAGCUAAAUGUGACCAUCGAUGAAGCUCUGCAGAAAUCUGGUUUCUCUCAGAAGUUCAUUGAUGACAUCGUGGUUCCAGCUAUGAGAGUCAACUACGGACAAGCAGCUGACAUCAACGGCUUUGUUGGGGCAGUGUCUCUAGCUGGCACAGAUUCCGGCCUUUGGGCGGUGGAAGGGGGUAACAAGCUAGUCUGCACUGGGCUUCUUUACGCUUCAAAGGCCCAGCUUGUUCAGGGCACUGUUACCUCUGUGCAAGAGAAGGUUCGUCCUACAAAGUCAGGAGAUACAGUGAGACUGUACGAAGUGAAUUCUGAGACUGGCAGCGGGUCCGCACUACACUUGUAUGAUAUAGUAGUCAUUGCGACUCCACUCAAUAAGGAACUUGGCGAUAUUAAAUUCCUCGGUUUUGACCCACCAAUAGGGCAUCUCGCUAAGCCUUUCAAGCAGUGUGUGGCCACCUUUGUCCAUGGACGGAUCAACACGUCUUUCUUUGGUUGCCCAAAGCCAUGCCACUUCCCCGUCUCAGAUAUACUAACCACUAAUAAACCCAAUUUUUUCAUCUAUAGCAUUAGCUCAGUGUCUCCAGUAAAACCAGUGACUAAAUCUGAAAUUUCCAAAGCCUCUGAUAUCAAAGUGUAUAAGAUCUUCUCUCCGGAGCCCCUCACAGAUGAACAGCUGCGUUUCUUGUUUGAGUCGUAUCACGCAGUCAUAGUAAAGAAAUGGUUGGCGUACCCCAAGUACACCCCGCCGGAGAAGCUACCCCCUAUCAUACUGCACCGUGGCAUUUAUUACGUGAACAGCAUAGAGAAGGCAGCCAGUGCCAUGGAGAUGAGUGCCCUCUCUGCAAAGAAUAUUGCCCUUUUGUCUUACCAUCGAUGGUAUGGAAAAGAUGGACAGAUCGACCAGGAAGAUUUAUCAGAACGUCUCAAGUCUGAGUUAUAGUUUUUUUUUCUGCACUACUUAAUUCUCACCUUGAAGCCUGCCACGAAUGAUGCUGGAAGGGCCACCUCCACACUACUUUUUUUCUUUUCUUUUUUUUCCUCCAUAAACAAGUGACAUGACAUGAUCCUUUUUUUUUUUUUACUGUUUUAUUAACGGAAAUAAAAGUACAACCGCAUUAUACACAUUUGUAUACAUGAAAGUUUCAGACUUGUAUGAUCCAAUUCUCCUAAUACAGAAAACAAUAUAAACAGCAGAAAAGUAACUGUCAUAUUCUUAUCUCUGACCCGCUCUUGCAAUUCUAUCCGCCCCAUGUUACAUCAUUAAAAAUAUAGCAAUUUUUUAUGUGCACAUAAUUCCCAAUGCACCUACUGAGCCACGUCUCCUCGAGCCGCUGUUAUUGCUUGUCGCAGUCUCGAGGUUGAAUACACGGCUUGUGCUGCCCCAAACUUUGUCAAAUUUCUGUGUUUUAUUACGGUGUUUAUAUACCAGUACAAUGUAGGGUAGAAUCUGAUCAGGUUCGGUGUAUUGGGGUUAUGCCAUCUGAGUGCUUUACAUUUACGUGCCAUAAAUAGGGAUUCCCUUAGGAAUGUCGUCGUAUAAUGGUCCCAGUUAUCAUCGUUUAUUAUUCCUAACAGGCAGACCUCAGGAAUACACGGCACCCGAACCGGUAGUAAUGAGGAAAGAAGAUCAGUCACCUCCUUCCAGAAUAUAGCUAUCCAGUUGCAAUUCCAGAUCAUGUGCCAGAAGUCCGCCUCUUGUUCCCCACACCUCGGACAUGCAGUAGAUGACGCUAACUGGUGUUAGAUAUGACUGAUGAAUGAUGUAGAGUUGGAUUCUUUUAUUGUUUAUUGCUGGUGAUACUUGUAGAUGUGACUCCAAUAAAUCCGAUAUUAAUUCA